AGUUUAUUUUUUCUCGUUACUUUAUAUUGCAAUUUUGGAAUGCCACGCACUAAGCCAACAAAGACUCUCGAUGUCCUGGGCAAUCUGGAUUUGCGGCCGGAGGAGGCGGUGGGCGACUACUUGCUAUCGAAGAUACAGGACAAGUAUUUUAUCAAACCGCCGCUUGUGGAUACCGCUGGCGAUUCUAUCGAGCUCCUCCACAUACAUAAUACCCGGGAGCAUGAUAAAAUGCUCGAGCUGCAACAGGAAAUGCUGGAGAAUUCAAAGCGCCAGUCUCAAAUAAAUGAGGAUCGAGUGAAACAGAUGUAUCAGACUCAGGAGGAACUCAGACAACGCUUUAUCGAUGUGAACAGCUUUAUCAAGGACUGCGCUGACAAGAAGCGAAUCGCUGAGAAGGCCAUUCACGACGAAGAGCAGUUGCACGAGGAGCUCAGCGAGGAUAUCAAGAAGUUCAAGACCUCUAUUAGUGAGUUAACGACUUUUCGAGAGGCGCUCAAGGGCACCGUGGAGGAGUUCCAACCCUAUGAGAAGGUUCUCGAGGAGGUGGUGAAGGUCUCUGAUAUAUUCAGCUCGCCCAAAGAUUGCAUGGAUCGUUGCGAUGCACUCAUGCUCGCCCAGAUCGAGAUCAGUGAAUUGGAGAACAAGAAGCUGCAGGAGAUCGAAGAGAUGCGUCAGCACAUGGUUAAAAUAACAAAUGAAGCUGCUCUUACCGUGCUGGGCCUCAAGAACGAUCUUUCCAAGCUGGAGCGAUCUUAUAAUGAAUCGCGUGCCUUAUGCUUCAGGUGGGAGAAAAUCCUUGCGAGCACUAAGGAUGUUAUAGCCGCCAAUUUCUUGGACAAGCAGCGAAGUCUUGGGGCGGUUAAUGCAUUAUAUGGUAUUCUAUGUCGCCGACGCGGUAUUAGUACUGAUAUUCGACCCCAACAUAUGGAAGCACAAUUGGAUUUCAUCAAGAUUGAGCUGGAGUUGCUACAAGAGCUACUGAGGGAGUUUGAAGAGGAAAAUGAAGCAAAAGGCAGAUUGGAAAUUUCAAAAGGGCAUUGAGUCUUACUUCUGAUUUGAGACAAUCAAAUUUCUUGCAUUAUAUUAAAUAAAUAUAUGGGAGAUA